CGCAGACAAUUGAACACGUGUGGCGAUCGUAAGCGGCCCAUCACUCUGACUUGGCCAUCUAGCGGAAUGCAGACGACAACGAAAUUGUUUUCCCCUCAUUGGAUAGCAUCAUAUUUAGGCAGGAUUUCUGUGUCUUUUAUGACAACAAACCAAAAUGGUGCAAACUUCUGCAACUGAAGCUACCCAAGCAUUGAACAGUUUUUGGCCCAAAGUUGCUGAAGAUAUCAAAAUUCUGAACAAUAAUGACUUUAAGCAACAAGAGCUGCCACUGGCUAGAAUCAAGAAGAUUAUGAAACUUGAUGAUGAUGUUAAAAUGAUAAGCGCAGAGGCACCUGUCUUAUUCUCAAAGGCAGCAGAACUAUUCAUCACUGAAUUGACUUUACGGGCUUGGAUUCAUACCGAAGAUAACAAGAGACGUACACUACAGAGGAAUGAUAUAGCUAUGGCAAUCUCCAAGUAUGACCAGUUUGACUUCCUCAUUGAUAUUGUGCCAAGAGAUGAGUUGAAACCCCAAAAAGCAAGAGAAGAAACACCUUCAAGACCUGCAUCAAACAUUCCUGACCAGGUCCAGUACUAUCUUCAGCUUGCUCAACAAAAUCAACAAGCACUUCAGCAAGCAACCCAGCAACCUCAAGCUGCAACAUUAGGAGCUGGUGCGAUAAGUGGUCAGCAGCAAACAAUUCAAAUUGUUCAAGGUGGGGGCCAAAUUCAAACCAUAAGUGUGAUGCCUGGAACUCAGUUGGUUCAAACAGCUCCACAGGCAGCAGCUGCUGCAACUCCCAUAUCCAUUACAAAUUCUCCUAGUGCACCACAACAACCUGCUCCACAGCUAGCACUUCAGGGAUUAAGUAUUCAGCAACAUCAGCAGCAACAGCAACAGCAGCAGCAACAACAGCAGCAACAACAGCAGCAACAACAGCAGCAACAACAGCAACAGCAAACACAGCAACAACAACAGCAGCAACAGCAACUUGGUGGAAUCCAAAUUGUGCAGCAAAUUGUUGGCCCCAAUGGAGAAAUUCAACAAAUCCCACUUCAGUUAUCAGCACAGCAACUACAAAUGAUUCGGAUGCAACUUGGAGCAGCCGGAAAUGGACAACAGAUCGUUCUGCAAGCUGCCGCCCCACAGCAAGGUCAACAGGAGUAGUAUUAUUGGUGAAAAGUUUUGGAACAUUGCUUUUAUAAAGUUUGAUUUCUGAAUUUGUACAAAUUAACGGGUUGGGCAUCAGUUGGAAUGUGUUAGAAGUGGGAAAUACAUGAUGCUUUGAAAGCUAA